AUGGUAGAAUCCCGGCAGGAGUUUGGGGGCAGAGAGGAGCUGCCCAACCCCGAUGAAGAGGACGAGGACGAUCCCAUCUACGUGCAUGGUGACGAAGGCUACAGCCCCAACCUCAGGGGCAACUACUUCCGAGAUGGGCAAACCAAGAUCGGGCCCUGCUCACCCCUGUGGCUGCGGCUGCAGGGGCUUCCGUUCGCCUGCGGGCGUCCCGCUGCAGAGCCGAGGCCACGCCCGCUGCAGUGCCGGGAAUCUCCGCUGAGGCUAGCGACUUCGUGCUGGUGUGGGAGGAGAAGGUGCGGCCCCGAAGAAGAGGAGGGGAAGCUGGCGGCUCACGAGGCCAGAGGCGACCGGCCACGCGGGCACCACGAGCACUGGAGGAGGAAGUUCCUCAACAACCUGAGAAAUGCCGGGCUGCUGAUGGAGAAGGAGGAGAUGCUGAGCGAGCGGAAAACCAUCCACUACCUGAAGCUGAGCGCCCCGUGGGACGUGCUGGUGUUCUACGCCGAGGAGCUGUGCCUGCGAGCGCCCCUGCAGGCCCAGCCCAACCCGGACUGGAACAGCUCCGCCGAGGUCCUGAGGAGACUCUGCAUCCCCAACGCCCUGCACCAGCACGUCCCCAACAAGCCCGCGGACUAUUACACCUGCGCCUUCCGCAGGUCCAAGCUGGACAAGUUCCUGGGCAGCGACUCCCGGGACUCCUACUUCAGCAACACGCAGAGACAUCGCAUCGUCUAUGAGAUCCUGGCUCGCACCAUCUACGGGAAGCGGAAACGUGCCGAGAUCGGGAUCAACCGGCUGCUGGACGAGCGGGUGUACGGCGCUGCCUUCCCGCUGCACGAGUGGGGCUGCUGGUACCGGUACCAGCCGCUGGAUCACAUCCGCCAGUACUUCGGGGAGAAGACUGCCAUCUACUUCGCCUGGCUGGGCCUGGUUGCCAUGGGAACCAACACGCCCGCGUGA